AUGCCCGAUGACAACGGAGGCGGCCUGUGGAGACAUCGACAGCGAUGGAGCUUCUUCCUCUUCUGUCUCUGCCUCCUGACUCGCUCUGAAAUCACGUCUGCUCGACAAAACGGAGCAGCUCCAGAGCCAUCUGUCAAGAUACUUAAUAAUCCAACAAACAACUCAGCGCUGCUGCAGUGUGAGGUUCGAGAUGCUUCUCCAGCCAUUAAAGUAGAGCUGCAGGACAGUGCUGGAAACACACUUCCUGCUGAGGGGCCCCAGGUCUCAGAAAGAGGAGACAGAUACUACAUCACCCUCCAAACUACUGUGUUCAAGACCGACAACUUCAGCUGUGUCGUCACACAGGAGGAAACCAACCAACAGAUUUAUGCUCAGACCUUUGUGCAUAUCAGUGGGGCAGCUUCAGCGGCAGACUCCUCCUCCGAAGACUCAGAAGGACAAAUGAGUCUACGAAAGGGUCUAAGCGGGAGUUCUUUUGGAAGGCCAGGUGACGGAGAAGUGCCAACCUCAGAGUCUCCCCAUGGAUGGCUUGUUGCUGCAAUUCUUCUCCCAGUUUUUCUUGUUCUUCUUCUAGCUGUGCUUGUAUACAAGUGUUGCACCCUAAAAUGUACAAAAAGAGCACUAGGAGUGCAAGUCCCAACUAGUGAUGUACCUGCCUGAUGACCUGAGAGGCCUGAUGACAAUGACCAAUGACAACAUGUAUAGUCUCUUCCACUUUAUUAAAUAAUUGCGACAUUUAAACAGAUUUUCAUGUAUUACUGUAUGACAGAUCAAUGAUGCUCCUGUCCACUGACAUGGUUUUUAAAUGUAUUGUUAUCCGAUUUCUGCUCUCCAAAUGUUUUAAAAUGCACAUAUUUAGAUCAGGGAAAUCCUUUUUUUUUUUUCUUCUUUCUUCGAACACCCGCCCCCAGUACGCUUACCGUACGUACACAACGCCGCCAACUUGAGCUGCAAAAGAAGCUCUGGCCACCCUGUCAGGGAUGCUUCUCAAAAAAGUACGGGGUAAACGCUUAAAACGAGCACAAAUAUUUCCUAUAAAAGUUGCGCUCAUCCUCAAAUGUGUAUCACUGGAUCAUUGCGAAGUUGUUGUGUUUGGUGCCGCUUUAUCGUAUUUGCGGAGAAGACGUCGGCGUCAGACUCGGGAGAGUUUGAGUUCAUGACCCCCUCCAGGACCGUCGUCAAUUCGGAGAGCAUCAUUCAGAAGCUGGCUUCCAUAUGAAAUGAAUGACUUCCUGUAACUUUGAAGCCCAAGGUGGCGGUGGUGUGUACGUACAGUCAGUCUUUGGACCUCAGUAUUUCUUAAACCCUGCAUAUGCCCAUGCAGUAGGAGAUUGAAUUAAAAAAUAUAAUCAUUUCAAAGCCAUUUUUACAUGUAAGAAACAGGAUGGAAGUGUGUAUGUGUGUAAAUGUGUCCUACUAACACCGCCCAAAAUGCCGUAUAAAAAGGUAGUCCUAGUCAGGUGUAUAUACUCGGGUGAGUUUGCCUGAAGUCCGUUGAUGUGUCCGGGACAGCUCGUUGACUUGUAAAAUCUGCAUGGAGGGAACUUCUGCAAUCUCCGUGUCUUCGUGGACUCCUCGUCUGACAAUUUCUUCUGUACUGAGGUCGCUGUGAGGUCUCACGCAGUCAGCAAGGAAAUGACUUUACUUUCAGUUUCAUAAAUAGGACCUAUAAGUUUAAUUAAAUAAGUAAGAGUGAAAACCACCCCACCUGCAGAAGUGACUCCAAUGUUAGUGAAGUAACUUGUAGUUUGACCAUGAAGUGACCAAAACAUUAUUACCACAGAAUCUGAAAUUCAGAAGGCAGCUGGUGAAGAAUGGACUGUUGGACUUUUAUUUUAGAUAAAGUCAGUCAAUAUAGAAUCUGUGUGUGUUUUUAAAUAACUACAUUUUGUUUAUGAGUUUCAGCUAAAGGAAACAAGACUGCAUCAGCAUUGUCACUUAAUUUAAUUUUAAAGGGGACAUAUAAUGAAAAUCUCUCAUUUUCAGUCAUGGUGCACAAACAUUUGAGUAUCUGGAGGGCCGACCAACCCAAAACCUGAAAUCAAACAACCCAGCCAGUUAUUUGUGGGCAUCCUCAAUCUGAUGUAAUUCAACAAGCCAUUCAGAUUCAGCUCCUCUUCCUAUGUCACAUGCAGGCUCAUUAGAAAAUACUGCUCCUCAUCUCCACCAUGGAUGUAUUAUAAGAUAUUUCCAUUUCAGCACCCGUUAUCCAAUCUGUCCGUUCAGAUCGGCUGCGAGCGGAGCGGCCGCGCCAGCCCACGCACUGCAGCGGACGUUUCAGCAUCUCCUCUAAUUCUUUGGCGAGCCGCGAUCAAAUAUGUCAAGCCAGGAAGGUAAUCAUAUACAGGAAGGUAAUCAUAUACAGGAAGGUAAUCAUAUACAGGAAGAUAAUCAUAUACAGGAAGGUAAUCAUAUACAGGAAGAUAAUCAUAUACAGGAAGGUAAUCAUAUACAGGAAGGUAAUCAUAUACAGGAAGAUAAUCAUAUACAGGAAGGUAAUCAUAUACAGGAAGGCCACAGCACAGCCGCAUACUUUACAAAAUGGAACAGAUUUCAAAAUAAAACACCCAGGAUUAUGGUGAUUUUGGAUGUUUUGACUUCACACACACACACAGAGAGAGAGAGAGAAGAGAGAGAGAGAAUUGGCAGAAAAGAAAAUAGUAAAGUAAGUAAUAGUGUUUUUUGAACAUUAAAACAUGUACAAUACAAGUUAGAACCUGAAAAUGAGCAUAAUAUGUCUCCUUUAAAAGAUAAUGUUGAUAUACCUGCUGUCAGGGUCGGUGGUUUGAUCCCCGGCUCUUCUUGUCCACUUGUCCAAGUGUCCUUGAGCAAGACACUGAACCCCAAAUUGUUCCCGAUGGUCAGACAGCUCCUUGCAUGGUAGCUCACUGUCAUCGGGGUGUGAAUGGAUGAAUGAUAUAUAAACUGCUUUAUUAAUAUUAUUAAUAUUAUUAUUACUGCUGCUUGUAGUUGUUAAAAGUCCUAACUGAGCUAGAUGUGAUGGGCAUUAGAAAACAGAACAUUUAAGACCAGAGCCUGCUGUCACGAUGUAAAAGAAAUGUGAUGUUUAUUGUAGCCAAAGUAAAAUCUAAUGUGACUUAUUUUUUUAUUUGGAUAUUUGUGUAAUUGACAUUGCUUAGGACAAUCAUGUUGUGCUUCUUUUUAUGUCUUAAGGUGCUAAGCCAAGAGUUUGUCAGGUUGAACUAGACACUGUUGUUGGCUGUGAUAUCAGAAUUGUGUAUGUACAGUAUGUUUUAUCUGAUGCACUCUCAGGGCAUCAUGUAAUUUCAGGCAGCUCUUCAUCAUUUCUAUCUAAAUAAAAGAUGAAAUAUGUCUAACUGUA